GCAAUGAAAAUAUGUUUUCCGAAACCCGGUUCAUAUUUAGGGGUUUCGGACUUGGGUUUUUUUUGUCGUUUGACCCGUUUAUCAGCCUAACUGGAUCAAGCUGCGAGGGGAGACGAAGAAAGAAAAAAACUCUUCCACGACUUUGGGUCGUGUCAGUGACUGAAUUUCAGUGAUUCUCUAAGUUAAUUAAGAGCAAUGGACAAGUCUAGCGCUUUGGAGUACAUCAACCAGAUGUUCCCCACAGAGGCAUCUUUAUCUGGUGUUGAGCCCCUUAUGCAAAAGAUACACAAUGAGAUUCGGCGUGUGGAUGCUGGAAUUUUAGCGGCUGUUCGUCAACAGAGUAAUUCAGGAACUAAAGCCAAGGAGGACCUUGCUGCUGCUACACGGGCUGUUGAGGAACUCAUGUACAAGAUCCUGGAAAUAAAAAGAAAAGCGGAGCAAAGUGAGACAAUGGUUCAAGAAAUAUGCCGUGACAUAAAGAAGUUGGACUUUGCCAAAAAGCAUAUAACAACAACAAUUACUGCUCUUCAUCGUCUUAACAUGCUAGUCUCUGCUGUUGAGCAGCUUCAAGUAAUGUCUUCAAAACGGCAGUACAAGGAGGCAGCGGCACAGUUAGAGGCUGUGAACCAAUUAUGCAAUCAUUUUGAAGCUUAUAGGGAUAUUCCAAAAAUCACAGAGCUCAGAGAGAAAUUUAAGAAUAUCAAACAGAUUCUUAAGUCACAUGUAUUCUCUGAUUUCUCAAGCUUAGGUACUGGAAAGGAGACUGAAGAAACUAAUCUACUGCAGCAAUUAUCCGAUGCUUGCUUAGUUGUUGACGCUUUGGAGCCAUCUGUGAGAGAAGAGUUGGUAAACAAUUUUUGCAGCAGAGAACUUACUUCCUACGAACAGAUCUUUGAAGGAGCUGAACUUGCUAAGUUGGAUAAAACUGAACGAAGAUAUGCAUGGAUCAAGCGUCGAAUAAGAACAAAUGAAGAAAUUUGGAAAAUCUUUCCUGCUUCGUGGCAUGUGCCUUAUCGGCUCUGUAUUCAAUUCUGCAAGAAGACAAGGAAACAACUAGAGGAUAUCCUUAUUUAUAUGAAAGAAAAACCAGAUGUUGGAACACUAUUGUUGGCACUGCAACGAACUCUAGAAUUUGAGGAUGAAUUGGCAGAGAAAUUUGGCGGAGGUACUCAGGGGAGAGAGAUUGGAAAUGAUAUUGAAGAAAUUGGUAGAGGGGAAAAUACCGGUCAAAGUGUUUCAGAUAUUCGAAAAAAGUAUGAAAAAAAGCUUGCUGUACAUCAGGGAAGUGGCCCUGAGGAAAAAGAUGGGAAUAAAGAGUUGUCAGUGCCUGGAGCUGGGUUCAACUUUCGUGGAAUUAUUUCAUCUUGCUUUGAACCACACUUGACAGUAUACAUAGAACUAGAAGAGAAAACACUGAUGGAGAAUUUGGAGAAGCUUGUACAGGAGGAAACAUGGGAUAUCGAUGAGGGAAGUCAAAACAAUGUUUUAUCUAGCAGCAUGCAGUUGUUUCUCAUUAUCAAGAGAAGUUUAAAGCGAUGCAGUGCUUUGACAAAGAAUCAAACGUUAUUUAAUCUGUUCAAGGUGUUUCAAAGAAUUCUCAAAGCAUAUGCUACAAAGCUGUUUGCAAGACUACCUAAGGGUGGGACAGGAAUUGUUGCAGCAGCAACGGGUAUGGAUGGGCAGAUAAAGACUUCGGAUAGAGAUGAAAGAGUGAUAUGUUAUAUUGUGAAUUCCGCCGAAUAUUGCCAUAAGACAUCUGGUGAGCUGGCCGAAAGUGUAUCGAAAAUAAUUGAUUCUCAUUUAGUAGAUGGGGUGGAUAUGUCAGAAGUGCAGGAUGAAUUUUCAGCUGUAAUAACAAAAGCAUUAGUAACCCUAGUGCAUGGUCUUGAAACGAAAUUUGAUGUUGAAAUGGCUGCAAUGACACGUGUUCCAUGGGGUACACUUGAAAGUGUUGGUGACCAAUCAGAGUAUGUCAAUGGCAUAAAUAUGAUUCUUAAUAGCAGUAUUCCUGUACUUGGAAGACUUCUUUCACCAGUUUACUUCCAAUUCUUUCUUGACAAGCUUGCAUCAUCACUUGGUCCACGCUUCUAUACCAACAUCUUCAAAUGCAAGCAAAUAUCUGAAACUGGAGCCCAACAAAUGUUAUUGGAUACUCAAGCUGUAAAGACAAUUCUUUUAGAUAUUCCUUCCCUCGGUCGACAGACGUCAGGUGCUGCUAGUUAUUCAAAAUAUGUAAGCCGUGAGAUGAGCAAAGCCGAAGCACUUUUGAAGGUUAUACUGUCCCCAAUUGAUUCUGUAGCUGAUACAUAUCGUGCACUACUACCAGAGGGAACGCCAAUGGAAUUUCAGCGAAUUCUGGAGCUAAAGGGUCUUAAAAAAGCUGAUCAGCAAACUAUACUAGAUGACUUCAACAAGCAUGGGCCGGGGAUUACACAACCUUCUAUCGCACCACCAGUCCCAGCUGCACCUACUGCUCCUGCUGCUCCUGUGAUGGCCAAUCUGCCCAAUCUUGCUUCAGUUGGACUCAUAGCUUCUCGAGAGGAUGUAUUAGCAAGAGCAGCUGCACUUGGCCGAGGCGCAGCCACCACAGGUUUCAAGAGGUUCCUUGCUCUCACCGAAGCUGCGAAAGAUCGGAAGGAUGGACCUUUCAGGAAGCUCUUCAAUGCAUAAGCACAACAGAAUCUCAUAGACUCUAUACAUUUUCUUACAUUUUUUUUGUUUUUUUUAACCUUUUGGCAGUUUUGCAGGUUAUUUAAAUGGGAAAAAAAAAAGAAAAAAAAAAUGUUCGUUUCUAUUACUUGUUCCUGAUGAUUUUGCAUAGGGGAAAAAAGAAAAAGGCAUUGUAUUACUCUCUCCAUAGCUUAAUAAGAAUUCUUUAUAGUAAUUUCUCUUACAACAA